AAGCCGAUCAGAACAUCAGAAACUUCAGUACCAUCAUGCACGUGUCCGACGACCAGAAGAGCUGUGCCAUUUGAAACUAGUUGAGGAGGGAGAAUAGAUACUCUGAGGACUACAAGAACCUGGUCAAGCGGACAGAAACGACAAAACCCCCUGUGUGUAGACAUGGCCAGCACUCAGACCAGUUUGAAAACCCCUUUCAAAGACUUGACCUCAUUCAAGGGGAACAUGAAGCGUCUGUACAGGGAGCGGCUAGAGGACGCGCCCAUCAAGAAGCGGGUGAUGGCUGAAAUCAACCUGAAGCGCCGCAGCUUGGACCCCCUGCCCAAAACCCCCAAGGUAAAGAGGGAGCAGAUCGAGGACCUGCACCUGGACUCGGACGUGGAUCUGGAGGGCCGUGCCGAGCUGCAUGUGGUGGGCUCCGUUAAGGCCCUGGACCUGAGCCCCGGGCUCAAACACACCCUGGCCCAGUUCACCUUGAGCAGCCAGAGCUCCCUCGGGGGCCCCGCUGCCUUCUCAGCCCGCACGGGCCAUGAGCACUCCCCCGCCGGCCUGCCCCCGCUCCCGUCCCCUCCCGUCCUGGGAGGAGGCCCUCUCCUGGUCCCCUGCGACAGCUCCACCGAACUCACCCACUCGCUGCUGGAGGGAGAGUCCAUCUCCUGUUUCGUGGUCGGGGGCGAGAAGCGCCUGUGCCUGCCCCAGGUCCUCAACUCCGUUCUGCGCGAUUUCUCGCUCCAGCAGAUCAACACGGUGUGCGACGAGCUCUACGUCUACUGCUCGCGCUGCGACGCCGAGCAGCUGCACAUCCUCAAGGUGCUGGGCAUCCUGCCGUUCAACGCGCCGUCCUGCGGCCUCAUCACGCUGACGGACGCGCAGCGCCUGUGCAACGCUCUGCUGCGCCCCGGGGCCGCGCUGCCUGCCGACCCCAGCGGGAAGCUGUCGGCCCAGGGCCUGCUCAAGGAGAGCGAGGCCAGCUUCCAGGUGGAGCACCAGUGUCUGGGGAAGUGUCAGGGCCUCUUCGUGCCCCAGUUCUACACCCAGCCCGAGGCGCCCUGCAUCCAGUGCGUCGAGUGCCAGUUGCUCUUCUCGCCGCAGAAGUUUGUCAUGCAUUCACACAAGUCCCCCGAUAAGAGGACCUGCCACUGGGGCUUUGACUCAGCCAAAUGGCCCUGCUACCUGCAGCUCGCCAGGAAGUACCAGGGCACCCCCGAGGAGCCCAAACUCAAGCAGCUGCUGGACGAGGUCAAAGAAAAGUUCCAUUUCCAGCUCAAGAGAUCGCUGGACAAAAAGGCUGUGGAGGAGGAGGAGAGCCAGGUGAGGAAAUCCUCGGCGGACCUCUGCUCCACCGGCGACAAGUUGGCCGACGCCGACCCCGCCAGAAAGGGGAAAACAUCUCCACCCACUCUGGUGUUUAACCGCCUCUUCUCAGACAUCAAGGAGGAGCCAGAACACCCCACCCUGGUCCAUCCCAGUUACUACUUGUACACGUACGAUAAGAUGGUGGCUCCCAACGUGUCGCUGAGGAGAGAGGCCGAGAUGAGCCCCGAGAUGCUGGGAGCGCUGCUGAAACACCACUACAGCCGCAGAGUGAUGGGCCACGACGAGCCGCCCAUGGAUCUUCACGCGUCUCCUCCCGUCGCCGCCGGCGCCGAGGAGGCCAAACCCCACCGCGCCGCCGCUGCCUCGGCCACCGAGCGGGAAUGCCAAACCCAGGCAGUUUCCAUGGAGACAGGCAGCCCGGGCUGCAAGAAAGCCACCCACAUCCCCGCCCACACCCCCCCUCCUCCCCCCGUCCCUCCUCCCCCUCCUCCUCCCACGUCGCUGUUGUCAUCGGAAGUAACGGCUAAGGACAUGAGUUGCGCCGCUAGCGGCGGUGCGGCGGCGACUGCGGCCACUGCGGCGGUGGGGGGGCUGGAGGACGACAAGGACAGGAUCGUGGUGGAGAUCAUGCAGAUGUACAGCAGGCAGCAGGAGAAGCUCAACUCCACCCUGCAGAAGCAGCUGCAGCUGGAAAUGGAGCUGGAGGCGGUGCGCGGCGGCGAGGCGGCCAGGCUACGGGAGCUGAGCGCCGAGCAGCGGGAGCUGCGCAGCGAGCUGGAGGCGGUGCACAGCGAGCAGGCGCGGCAGCUCAGCCAGGCCCGCCAGGAGCAGCUGGAGCUGGAGACCCGGCUGGAGCAGCUCCGGCAGCAGGCCUGCGCCUGCGAGCCGGGCGCCCAGCGCCAGCAGGAGGCCCACUACACCGCCCAGCUGUCGGAGCUGCGCCAGCGGCUGGAGCGGGCGGAGAGCGACCGGCAGGAGCUGCAGGAGGAGCUGCGGCGGGAGCGCGAGGCGCGGGAGAAGCUGGAGCGCACCAUCGCCCAGCUCAAGCAGCAGAUGGCCCAGUCCGGAGCCGCGGGCUGCAGCCCCUCGCCGCCGCCCACCCCCUCCACCGGACCCCCCGUCGCCCAGUCCCCGCCCUGCUCCUCCUCUGUGUCGGAGGCCCCGGCGGCCGGCCACAAGUAACUGCCCCCCCACCCCCCCCCCCGCCUCGCCACACCA